UGCAUUGGGAGGAGAAAAAAAAAACAACGGAAUACUGUAAACAAAAUCUUGACGAGACGUUGAGGAAAGCACGAAGCCGUGCUCACGUCUCGUAUCUUAUUCCUUUUUGUUUUUCUUAUCCACGCCGCUUCUAUCCGAAUUCCGAUUUCUCUAGAAUCCUCCAAAAUCUCUCUUCCAUGGCCACCGUCUCCGCUUUCUCCUCUCCUGCUUGGCAAAACCCUGAUUCCGAUUCAAACCCUAAUUCCACCUCCGCCUCCGAUUCAGCUCCUCCUCUUCUCCCGCCCCAGGAUCGCCACGACCCCACCGACUCUCUCGAUUCCUUCUCCUCCAUGAGUCUCCAGGACGAGGAGCUCACUCGGCAACUGGAUCCCAACAGGGACCUCAACGCUCACACCACUCUCUCUCCGCCGCAGCAUUCACCGGUGACGCCUCCGCCUUCCCUGUUCUACCUCUCCUUUAACCAGGAUCACGCUUGCUUCGCUGCUGGCACCGAUCGCGGCUUCCGGAUCUAUAACUGCGACCCUUUUCGCGAGAUCUUCCGGCGAGAUUUCGAUCGCGGCGGUGGGGUCGGUGUAGUGGAGAUGCUUUUUCGGUGCAAUAUCCUGGCCUUCGUUGGCGGUGGUCACGAGCCGCAGUAUCCGCCCAAUAAGGUCAUGAUUUGGGACGAUCAUCAGAGCCGCUGCAUCGGCGAGCUCUCAUUCAGGUCCGAUGUGAGAGCGGUCCGGCUCAGGAGGGAUCGGAUCGUCGUUGUUCUCGAGCAGAAGAUAUUUGUGUACAACUUCGCCGACCUGAAGCUGAUGCAUCAGAUAGAGACCAUCGCGAAUCCUAAGGGUCUAUGCUCCGUUUCUCAGGGAGCUGGGGCGAUGUUGCUCGUAUGCCCUGGUUUGCAGAAGGGUCAAGUUCGGGUCGAGCAUUACGCGUCGAAGCGGACUAAGUUCAUCAUGGCCCAUGAUUCACGGAUUGCUUGUUUCGCGCUCACGCAAGACGGGCACUUGUUGGCCACGGCGAGCACCAAAGGCACUCUGGUUCGGUUGUUUAACACUGCCGAUGGUACGUUGCUCCAGGAGGUACGCCUUUCGCGCUUAGCCUUUGCCUCAAGGACGUUAAAGAUAAUACGACCUUGGUAUUGGAAUGUGAAAAUCUGCUGCUACUUGAUAUUGCAAUGCUUUUAACUUGGUAGUAGUUUAGCUACUCUUUUGAUUGAUAGCUCUUUAAGUUCGUAGACGUGGAUAGGUUCUUUUAGUUACUUCGGGAGUCUAUUCUGAGCUGAUCCGCUUGCUGGGUUCCAUACCCAUCGAGCUUUAGUCUCCUGUGGAUUGUAGGAUUCAUUGUUACCUGAAACAUCGCUUAGAUCCUAUGUCAGAUAUGGCUCUCGAGAAUGGAAUAGCGAUUAUAGCAAACAUUAUUGGCAAAGAUACAUAAUUUUCUUGUUCAGGUGACCUCCAACAGUAAUUUGAUAGGUAUUAAGCUUCUGAGGGUCAGAGUCAGUCAUCCAGGGUUUUGCUGUACUUAUAGGAACUGUGAAGCAUUGGGCGAUUGGUUUAGAACCUACCCACACUGCUCUUUUUCGUCAUUGCUCUUCCAUUUUGUCCCUUGAAUUUUAAUCUGACCCAUGUCAUCUGACCAGAUUAAGUUCUGUCGCUU